AGAUGCAAUUGUUUUCCCAUUGUGCAUUGUAGAAAAAGACGGAAGCGACAGUAUGAGAACAAGUUGACUUUAGGAAUGGGGGUGAUAUCAGAGUGUAUGGACAAUGCUGAAUUGUCUGUGAUCACAUUUGCAGCAGCGAGCCACCCUAAUGAUCAAUGCGGUGCGAAUGGACUGCCCCUAACUCCUAACUCUAUACGAAUACUUGGUCUGUUUCAGAAGGUUAAGUCUCAAAAACAUCCAAGGCUUUGCAGAUACAUUGAUAUUGAAAGAGGCAAACACGAGAGGCUAAUGGUUGUGUCUGAAUUUCACCAAAGAAAUUUGAAGAAAGAUGCCAGAACUUUUAAGGGAGAGAGUGAAAAAUUAUUAAUUGUGGCUUAUGAAGUCCUUGAGGGCCUAAGCCACCUGAAUGACCAGGGCAUUGUACACAGGAGCCUGACCCCCGAGUGUAUCCAGUUUGAUAAACAGGGGCAUGUGAAACUAGCAGGAUAUGGUUUAUAUCAUAUGACAGAUCAAGGAACAAGUGUUGCUUUUCCUAUUGGAUCUCCUGCUUAUUUGUCUCCUGAAGUCCUGGCUCAUGGACCUAGCCUGAUUAAGGAACACGGUUUUACUGAAUCUGUCCCCAAACCUUAUUCAAGCCCCAAGUGUGAUGUCUGGUCUCUAGGAAUUAUCCUCCUUGAAACAUUUUUUGGUAUUCGACUGUGGUACCAAAAAAGUCUAAGUGAACUGUUGAAGAAAACCCUUGAAUUUACCAAGUCAGAUGUGGAGCCAUUCAAGCACAUAAUAGAUGAACACAAUCUUGGACUGAAAUUACAAUCAAUGCCUCAAAAUCUCCAGGAUUUUAUACAAAAUUGUCUGACAGGAUCUGUUUCCAAAAGAUCAAGUCCAAAGCAGUUGCUGCAGCAUCAAGUUUUUUGCAGACACCAAAAUGUAAUCAAGACACCCUACAUCGAUUUAUUGUACCCAUUCUCUGCCAAACUGAGAUGUGAAGAAUUAGAAAUGCCAAAAGAAGGAGAUUUCGAGGAUGAGCAUGAAGAACCAAUACGUAGGCGCCCCUUAGAAGAAGUAUACUAUUUGUGGCAAAGGGCUGGUGGAGAUCUUGAAUCAAUUCUCAGAAAGGCAGAGUUGUUGAAAGCAAAGCCGCCUGUUACCAUUUUGCCUCACUUUGUGAUUGAAGAUGGUGAGACUUUUGGUCAGUCUCGAGACAGCUCUGACUUGCUAGAUGAAACUGUCAUAUUGCUAAAUUUGGAUCAACUUAGACAGAGAUUGAAGGAUAUCCCAGAAGAAGCCUAUUAUCCCCUUCUUGAGGAUGAAAACAGCAUACAAGGCAAUAUGCAAGCAGGACCAGAGCAGAAUUCAGAGGAAACAUCUGAGACAUCAAGACUGCCAUUAGUCAUCAAAGAAAAAGAUGUUGAAUAUCAAUUUCACAGGAUAAUCUUGUUCAGCAGGCUAUUGAAAGGGUACCCAUUCAAGCGACCUCACCUACUAAAGGAAGCUAGGGUGGAUAUCCCACCUCUAGUCAGAGGACAUGUCUGGGCUGCACUUUUGGAAGUCGAGGGAGAUGUCCAAGAGCAGUAUGAUAGAAUAGAUAAGGAGACCCCAACUGCUACUGAUCGUCAAAUUGAAGUGGACAUUCCAAGGUGUCAUCAGUACAACGAGCUGCUCUCUUCUCCAGCAGGCCAUGCUAAACUAAAGAGAAUCUUAAAAGCAUGGGUCAUUUCAAACCCACAGUAUGUGUACUGGCAAGGGCUGGACUCCCUUUGUGCUCCAUUCCUUUAUCUGAAUUUUAAUGAUGAAGCAUUGGCAUAUGCUUGCCUAGCCAAGUUUAUCCCAAAAUAUUUGCACAAUUUUUUUCUCAAGGACAACUCUGCAGUGAUACAAGAGUACUUGGCAGUAUUUUCUAAUCUUAUUGCUUUCCAUGACCCUGAGCUGUUCAACCAUUUAGAUGAAAUAGGAUUCAUACCAGAUCUCUAUUCUAUCCCAUGGUUUCUUACUAUGUAUGCACAUGUUUUCCCACUCCACAAGAUUGUUCAUCUGUGGGACACGCUGCUGCUGGGAAACUCUUCCUUCCCUCUCUGCAUUGGAGUUGCCAUUUUAAAGCAGCUCAAGGACCGUCUACUUACAUUUGGUUUCAAUGAGUGCAUCUUGCUGUUCUCAGAUAUGCCAGAAAUCGCCAUAGAUACCUGUGUUCAAGAAUCCAUCAAAAUAUUUUGCAUGACCCCAAAGAGUUCUCUGUAUCGCCAGCAUGCAAAACAGCCAGCCAAACCUGAGCCAGUAAUGAGCAGGCCAAACAUUUCUUACUAUUCAACAGACUACCAUGACCAACCACAGAAUGAAUUGUCUUUGGAUCCCAUACCACUUGAAGAGCUGAAGUCUGAGAGGUGCCCAAGGAUAUCUGCAGAAGACCUCAUAGAACUAGGAGAAUUAAAGGGCCCUGCACAAACCAAGAGCCCAACAAAAAGAUCCAGAGAGGGCAAGCCCAAGUUGUUAAUGAUUGAUGUCAGGAGUGAAGAGGAUUAUUUGAGAGGUGCUGUUGGUGGGAGUAUUAAUAUACCACAUUCAACUGCCUUUAGUGCAGAUGGCAGUUUAGUUCCAUGUUCAGCACUCAACAAACUGAAUUCUUGUCGUAAUCUAGUCAAAGUGAUUAUAGGGAACAAAGGAAGAACUGCUUCGAAUUUUGCUGGAGACUUGGUGAGGUUGGGCUACUCCAAAGUUUGUGUCUUGUACAAAGGCAUAGAUGUGCUGAGGCCGACAGGAUUGCUUGUUGUUCCGUCAACAGAUCUCCGAUAAAAGAAGGAAUCAGGCAGUUUGUUUUCAAUCAUCAGGUGCAAUAUGACUUUUACAAGUAAUCAAAAGGGACUUAAGAAAGUUUUUUUCCUAGUCUAUACAUGAAACAAGUGAGCACUGAUAAGUUUUUUUUAAUUGACAAGACCCAAGUGCUUUUUAAUUGACUCUUGUAAUUUUCCCUUUUCUGUCACUUGUUUACAAUUUCACACUCAAUGGACCUUUUACAAUGUUUUCCAACAAAGGUCACAAGCAUAUGGAUAAAAAAGGUUAGUGUAAAUGUGAAAAAUUCAUCCAAGUUUAAGUACAUUCUACUUUUAGUUCUGGUGCAGGAACUCUAGGUUUCUACACAGUAUGUAUACAGUAUACAGUAUACAUUAUAUUGGACAAAGACGAUUGAGACAAUCAUGUCAUUAAUAUUUAUUAUUCAUAUAUUUUAUGAUACUUAUUACAAUCUGCAGAACAAUUAAUUGCAUCAACGUUCUUUUGUAGCAAGCAAUAAAGAAUAUAUGAAAAUAAAUGCUAAUGAUAAUCUUGAAGAAUUUUUGUAAUGACACCCAAUUACAUGUUUGUGGUGUGUGUUACUCUGUAUGAAUAUAAAUUCAGUGAGAUGUAAACAAGUUAACAUUGUUAAGUACAUGUCAUUGCAUCUUAAAUUGUCCCCCCUGUUCAUCCUUGUCUUCAUUGUAUCCAGUUGGGUGAAGGUACUUAUUCAAGUUAUUUACAACAUUACUCAUUUCCACACCAGUAUUUUAUAAUAUAUUCAUGCAAAAAAAAAAAAAAAAAAAAAAAA